GUGGAGAAAGACCAGACACUGCUGCAGCCCUCGUCAAUGAGCUAAUUGAGACUUGUGUUACCCACCUCUGUCAGAUGGCGUUCUGCCUGGCUGAGCUGCACUUGUGGUCCACCAAGGGCUCACUUCAAGUUAAAGCUCUCCUGUUGUAUUAGUGUGACCUGGCCUCAGGAGCAGCAGCAGAGGCAGCAAGAGUAGUGGAGCGAUAAAGAAACGAUGUGUUGUGCGAAUCCGAAGCUGGCUGCUUAUGGUUUUGGGGCCUGCAGGAAUAACACUCACAGAAAAAGUCUCAGCUCAGCAGUUUGCAUACAGAUAUUGGCACCUAUCAGUACUACGAUAAAGGAGAGCCAGCAAGAGGCCCCAUGCAGUCCAGCUUCAUAUUGCCUCAGGCCAGGAGGCUUCCCUUACCAUCAGGAAGUGCUCAAAUCGCUCUCCCACCGUCUUUGCUGCCUGGGGACGUUCUUCCUUAUCCUUCAGUCAUUUCCCUGGAUCAUCACUACUACAAUGACAAACUCCAGUUCUGUGAAGCUCGAGGCUAUUCGUGGACUCCCAGGAACCGCCGACCAGAAAAGCUACGCGAUUCGCUGAAGGAGUUGGAGGAACUGUUGCAGACCAACACCUGCAUUCACACCAGAUGGAGAAACAAGCACUGCUGCCAGGUCAUGCUCAGCAGUGGAGUGCUGGUGACCCUGACUGUACAAGGACCUCAGCUCGAACAAGUGUGUAUAGACCGUACAUUAGUGGGCCGACUACCAGCCAGCACUGUGACGGAUGCGGUGCUGAGCGAUAGGCUGAUUCUGCUGUCCUUCCUGGAGCAGAGCCAAGUGGUGGCAGUCUACCUGAACAAAAAGACCCAGAACUCCCCAGAGACUGGCAGGCGAACAGACAAACUCUCACCCUCUGAAAUCAAGGUGGUGUGUGUGGAGUUGGGCGGGUGUGGUCGUAGGCUUCACAGACAUGUAGGUCUCAACAGUGUCCAGGAUGUGGUGCUCUGCUGGUGGAACCAGGAUGAGUCCAGUGAGGAGCUAUGGCCCUGGACUCCCACAGAUACACACAGGAAUAACCUUGUCCUGAUCAGCUGCUCACCUGCUGAAGGCCUGAAGGUCCUAAGCUCAGUCCGCACUGAAGGCAACCCCCUGGACUGCCGCUUCAGCCUGCUCCAGCCCUACCAGGUACUAACAGUGGAGUUACCUGCAGGGCCUCAGGGAUUCAGAGAGGAGUCCUGGGCUGAUACCUGCGUGUAUGAAUGUGCACGAGGACGCCUGCACCGCCUUUCAGUCACCCGAAUCCCGCUGUCAUCUCACCCAGUCUCCUGCUCGCGUCACCCCUCUGAGACCACUCUGCUUCUUGGCUUAAGUGACUCCUCCUUAGUCUUGUACGACCAACGACGCGGGAUCUCUUUCCUAGCCUCGUGCCCCGUGCCGGCCACCCUCCUCGCCUGGCACCCUGCUGGGGCUGUUGUCAUGGUAGGGGGAGGACAGGAAGAGCUGAUGUGCUUUGAUGUGGGCUUGGCACCUGUAAAUAUGGCGCUCGUAUCAGAGGAGGUAGCUUCAGCUCCCACGUUAAGACUAGCUCAGCACCUGCGCUGUUCUGGAGGCUUGGCAGGACUGCAAUGGGCGACUGGCUUGGAUGGAGGCCCAGAGGGGACAGAUAUGCUCACACUGGCUUUUCAUGGGGGACCACUGGCAGCCUUGAGAUUUAGACUAGGAGCUCUCACGGGGGGACAGAUGGGUCCAGGGGAGCUGCUGCAGCAGAGGCUACGUUGUGGUCAAGUCAGAGAGGCACUGGGCAUCCUAGAGGCCAUGGACUGGAGCACCACGGGGGACGAGAUCUACCGAGGCCUGAGCUCAGUCACCAACCACCUGCUGAGGAUGGAGCUGAACCCAGAGAGAGAAGCCCAGCUAGAAGCAGCUCUGGGUGUGUUUUAUGCCCCACCUGUGCCUCUCUCUGAUACAGUGAUACUGGAGUACAGGGAGCCAAUCAGCAAAUACGCCCGCCGCUUUUUUCACCACCUCCUCAGGCACCAGCGUUUCGAGAAGGCCUUCCUCCUCGCUAUAGAUUUAGAAGCCAGAGAUUUAUUCAUGGACCUCCAUUAUGUUGCCAGUGAUAAGGGCGAGCUGGUGCUAGCAGAUGUGGCCAAGAGGAAAGCUAAUGAAAUCGAGGCCUGGACCAUUGCAGGCAACGAAGAUCUUCAGAGAGGCAGAAGUGAUGCCUGUGGUUCCAGCUUCAGUGGCCUUCAGGCAGCGAGGAGGCAAAGUGCAACGGGCCCUCCACACUCCCCAUCAACACAUGCUGAUAGAGCAGCCAGUCGGAGGAGACAACAACCAGAGACCUUACAUGUGACCGUCAACCCAGACGUGCUCAGGAUGCUGAAACAAACAGGAAGCAGCAGAGCUGACGGAGACGGAGUGAAUGAUGAUGACGACGACCCCGGGAUGCUGCAUGUGGUUCAUUUAGGGAUGGUUUGAAAAGACUAACGAACAACAGAUAAGACUUUAUUAAUCCCAGAGGGACACAACAUCUCACCAAUAACAAGCACAGUAGUUACUUUGCUUGAAGCUUAAUCUAUAAAGGGUUUAAAAGUCCCCUCAUUCACAGCCACACAUGGAAAACAGUUUAUUUUUUUAUACCUGUCAUAGUACGUUUGUGAAUUUCAGCCAAAUCAUAAACAUGAAAUUCACUGAAUUCAGCUUAUUUCGUGUCUUUGUGAAGUCUAAACCAAAUGAACCUUUGAAGGAAACA